AUGCUACGCAAUAUCAUAAGAAACAAAGCUGCAGGACGUUUGUUAUUAAAUUCUUCGAGAUCAAUAGCAAAGAAUAAUAUCAAUCCAUCAUUAUUACGAUUAUAUUCUGCCGUUCAACAAUCUACAAAUUCUAAUAUUGGUUCUAAUAUUGAAGAAUUUUCCAAUGUAAUACCUGGUACAAAAACUACAGUGUUAAGUAAUGGUCUAACAGUAGCAUCCGAAUAUAUUCCAAACACAUCUACUGCAUCAAUUGGUAUUUAUGUGGAUGCUGGUUCAAGAGCCGAAAAUAGUAAAAAUAAUGGUACUGCUCAUUUUUUGGAACAUUUAGCUUUCAAAGGUACCACCACGAGAUCUCAAAGGGAUAUUGAAUUAGUAAUUGAAAAUUUAGGAUCACAUUUGAAUGCUUAUACUUCUCGUGAAAACACAGUCUAUUAUGCCAAGACAUUAAAAGAUAAUAUCCCCAAUGCCAUUGACAUAUUGAGCGAUAUCCUAACGAAAUCUACGUUAGAUAAAAAUGCCAUUGAGAGAGAAAGAUCUGUUAUUAUUAGAGAAAGUGAAGAAGUUGACCAAAUGUAUGAUGAAGUUGUAUUUGAUCAUUUGCAUGAGAUUGUUUAUAAAGAUCAACCUCUUGGUAGAACCAUUCUUGGUCCUAUUAAGAAUAUCAAUACUAUUCAAAGGAAUGAUUUACAGAAUUAUAUCACUACAAAUUAUAAAGGUGAUAGAAUGGUAUUAGCAGGCGCAGGUGAUGUGAAUCAUGAAGAAUUGGUUAAAUAUGCAGAAAAAUAUUUUGGUCAUGUUAAGAAGUCUGAUUCCCCUUUACCAUUGGGGUCGCCAAGAGGUCCACUACCAGUUUUCAACGGAGGUGAACGAUUAAUAUCUGAACCUUCAUUACCUACAACUCAUAUUGUUAUUAGUGUAGAAGGUGUAUCAUGGUCAGCCCCUGAUUAUUUUGUAGCAUUAGCUACUCAAGCUAUUGUAGGCAAUUGGGAUCGUGCAUUAGGUGCAGGUACUAAUUCUCCAUCUCCAUUAGCAGUUGCUGCUUCUAAUGAUAAUAAUAAUACCCUUGCUAACUCAUACAUGUCAUUUUCCACAUCAUACGCAGAUACUGGUUUAUGGGGUAUUUAUAUCAUUAGUGACAGUAAAGCUCAUCAACCUAAAUUAAUUAUCAAUGAAAUUAUGAAAGAAUGGAACCGUAUUAAAUCAGGUAAUAUCACUGAUGAAGAAGUUAAUCGUUCCAAAGCUCAAUUAAAAGCUGCCCUAGUAUUAUCAUUAGAUGGUUCUACCUCUAUAUUGGAAGAUAUGGGUAGGCAGAUUGUAACCACUGGUAAAAGACUAACGCCAGAAGAAAUGUUCAAGAAAGUCGAUCAAAUUACUAAAGAUGAUAUUAUCAUGUGGGCUAAUUAUAGAUUAAAGGAUAAGCCUGUUGCCAUGGUAGGGUUAGGUAAUGUAGAAAAGAUUCCUUCAUUAAAGGAAAUUGAAAAUCAAUUACAAAAGAACUAA